CUGGCAGAUUCCGAUCAAUUCGAAGAUGGAAGGAACUUUCCCACCUUCCCCUUUCUCCACAACCCGCUAAUUUUCUCUCUCUUUCUCUGAACUUUCUCCAAUGGCAGUUGCAGCCUUCAAAUCCUCCUCGAGAAGAGGAACCCAGCCUUCGACCCCUUCGGCCACGUCAUCAUCAUCUUCUGGCAGAUCCUCCACCAGAGCUCCCAACCCCAUUCGCAGGUCGAGGAGCGUGAGCGCGUUCUCCAGAGCCACUUCCGACGUUUCCACCGAGUUCCUCAACAAGAGGGACAACCCUCUCUUCGACGAGGCCCAAUCCCAAUGCGCCAAAACCCUUCCAGAAGCUUCCACGCCCGCGGAUUCCGCGCGGAAGUCCGAACCCGCUCGGAAAGAAACGGGUCGGACCUUUUCCAGAGCGGAAUCGGGCCGACGCGCCCGCUCCGCUUCGCAGUGUCCGGUUUCGAGGCGGCAUCUGAACUAUUCCACUUCCGAGAGUGAAGCUGAAUGUAAAGAAGGGAAUGGUUUUAAGUUAGUGGGGAGUAAUCGAAAAGGUGGUUUAGUUGGAAGAAGUGAGAAUGGUGUGACUGAUCAAGGGAAAGAUCUGCACACAUGGUCUCGUCGGCAUUCGGCUGUUGAGGUCUCAGAUUGUUUUGCUGCCACAUUGUCUGGUUUGCAGACACAAACCUUUGAUGAUGAAGCUUCGACAGCAAGUUCUGGAUUUGGUUCUGAUGAGAAAACUAUCAAGGCAGUUUUUGAGCAAAUGAAGUCAGUACCAAGAGAUAUGCCAGAAGCCAGUGAUAUAUAUGAAACGGUUCGUUCUGAAGUGAGGCGUGCUAUUUCUGAGAUUCAGAUUGACCUUGAAAGCGCCAUCCAUAGAAGUAAUGCUACUGCCAUCGCUGUUACCAAUGUGGCUGAUAUUCCUCCUGACUUGGUAAACCCUGGUGCAGUAGAAUUGGUUUUUGAGAUUAGAAAAGAAUAUGCCAAAAAGCUUGAAGAGUCCCAGGAGCGAUCUAGAAAUCUUCGAGCAGAUCUGGCUGUUGAAGAACAUCGUGAAAGAGAGCUGGAUAGAAUCUUGAAAGAUGUUCUGCCAUAUUCAAAGACCCCUAUUGUACAAAAGUCUCGUCCUGCAAGAAAAUCUAGCAUUGAAAGAAGGAGGAUGUCAAAACGUCUUGCAGAAGAUGCCAAGGCUUAUUUUGAUGAGUGUGUCUCAUUAUCAACUUUUGAUAGUUCUGACUUUUCAUCCCAAGAGGAUCCCCCACUCAAUUUGGUUGGUCCACCUACACCAUCUGGCAGCCAUGUAUGUUUAACUGAGGAAUCAGGCACUCCAGGACAAUCCAUGGAUAACCAUUAUAGCAUUUCGUCACCACAUGCCAACAUUGGUAUUCUGGGAGCUUUUCACGGUCAAGUCAGUUCAAUCUCCGACAACACAGAAAAUGGUUGCAAACCCUACUUAUCCUUCGCACAGAAGCCAUCUGAAACCUCUGCACUUCAACAAGACAUCCAACAAUACAUAAAAAAGUUCGAAAAAAAUGUUUUGAAGUCUUCAACAAUGAGAUCAAAUUAUUGUGAUCCUCGUGAGUAUAGUUUUCAAUCAUCAGCUGAGAGCUUGUUAAUUGAUAGGGUAUUGCUAAAAAGUAGAAUCGAGUCUGGUAGUUUGUUACUCUGUGGUAGUGGUAACAAAUUGUCAUCUAAGUUUUGUGGGACAGGGAUUUGAUUUAGAGGCAUAGAUUAAGCAACUCAUAUAUAUGCCUUGUAAUUUUGGCCUUAUACUUUACAGAUGUAAUAUAAAUCUAAAUGUUCAUGUGCUUGCUUGUCCAUGUAAUGUCUUCUCUUUAUCUUUAUCUUAACACGUUCACUCGAAGGCCUAGAAUGAACCCUCUCGUGUUGAACUUGGUUAAUUUGAGUUGUAAAAAUUGAUUCAAUUUGAAACUCCAGUCAUUUUUAAGCUAGAAUUUAAAUCAAUUUAAGCUCGGAACAA